AUUCUCUCGUGGGUACAUAACGGGGUCUUGGCGGCAAGCCAAUUAGCCAACGACGAUCAGAUUUCGGAAACGUACCCCACAAGAGAAAACAUUGAACAAUGGGAGUCCACGGUCUCUGGGAACUACUUUCCCCCGUCGGCCGCCGUGUCUCCGUUGAGACUCUCGCUGGCAAAAAACUCGCCAUCGAUGCGAGCAUAUGGAUGGUGCAGUUCAUGAAGGCGAUGAGGGACGAAAAGGGAGAAAUGGUGCGAAACGCUCACCUGCUAGGUUUCUUUCGACGAAUUUGCAAACUGCUGUAUCUUAGGACCAAGCCAGUUUUUGUGUUCGAUGGUGGGACUCCGGCUCUCAAGCGCCGCACUGUGAUUGCACGCCGUAGGCAGCGGGAGAAUGCCCAGGCCAAGAUCCGCAAGACUGCUGAGAAGUUGCUUCUUAAUCAUCUCAAAGCGAUGAGGUUGAAAGAAUUGGCAAAGAACCUUGAGGACCAGAGAGAUAAACAGAAGCACGAUGCUAGGGGUAAUAAGGUUGUUUCAGAUCAAAGCCACAUGGAGGGAAGUUACUUGGAAAGUAACAAUGAGGUGUAUCAAAAUUACAAUCGGGAAGAGCUAGAUGAAAUGUUGGCAGCAACUCUUGCUGCGGAGAGUGAUCGAAGUUUGGUCCGGAAUGGGUCAACUUCUGCUGCCAUUGCUCCUCCUAUUGAUGCCUCUGAAGAAGACGAAGAGAUGAUAUUGCCAGAAUUGCAUGAAGAUAUGGAUCCAACUGUCUUAGCUUCUUUGCCUCUGUCAGUGCAACGUGAUUUUCAUGCUAAGCCUGGCAGGAAAUGCAGAAUGGGGAGGAGUAAUUUAACUGGUGUUUUGAUUUCUUUAAAUCAUUAUGUGAACUUGGUGAUGCUUAAUGAAAUGAAGCAGAUAAGAGCAGUAGAGCUCAUCAAGAACAAAGAAAAGGAGCCGGACAAUGAUGCCGGGGUCAAGAAAAGUUUAUCAACUCAAAGCAACGUAGAGGGGUUUGAUUUAGAAAGGAAUAAUGUUAUAUCAAGGAGUUACAGUCAGAAUAAGCUCGAUGAGAUGUUGGCAGCAUCUAUUGCGGCUGAGGAAGAUGACAGUUUGACUAACAAUGCAUCGACAUCUGCCGCUGCAAUUUUUCCUGAGGAGGAUAAUGACAGCUAUGAAGAUGAGGAGAUGAUACUGCCGGUGAUGCAUGGGAAAGUUGAUCCAGCUGUCUUAGCUGCCUUGCCUCCAUCAAUGCAACUUGAUCUUCUCGUCCAGAUGAGAGAAGGAUUGAUGGCAGAGAACAGACAAAGGUAUCAAAAAGUUAAGAAGGCCCCUGAAAAGUUUUCUGAGUUACAAAUACAAUCAUACCUUAAAACUGUUGCUUUCCGCCGGGAGAUAGAUGAAGUUCAGAAAGCUGCUGCUGGUAGGGGGGUAGGUGGUGUGCAGACUUCACGAAUAGCCUCUGAAGCCAACAGGGAAUUCAUCUUCUCAUCUACAUUUAGUGGCGAUAAACAAGUGCUUGCAUCUGCUGGAAAAGAGGCAAAUGGAGAUAAAAGAGAACGCACACCAACUGACUGUUCUGGUUCAAAUUCCAUGAACAGAGAUGCAUCUAUCAGCAGAUCCGACACUGUAGCAGGUUCUGUACUGGAUGAGAGUAGAAGGCAUUUGGACGACAACAUUGAGACUUAUCUUGAUGAAUUGGGCCGUAUACGGGUCAGUAGAGUGAGAGCCAUGGGGAUCCGCAUGACCCGUGAUCUACAGAGGAACCUGGAUUUAAUGAAAGAGGUUGAGCUGCAGCAGACAAAUGCAAAUGGGGUUGUCAGUUCUGAGUCUGAACUGGAGACAAAUAAUGUUGGUGUCCCAAACUGUUAUAGUAAAGACAAAGUGAUAGAAUCUUCAUAUGUAGGUAAUGCUGACUCUGGUAACUUAAACAAGAAAGACGAGCCAUCUAUCUUGAAAAAUGGAGGAUGUAUUGAAAUAUCUUUUGAAGACGAUUGCGAGCAUGGGUGCUCUGAUGGCGAUGAUGACAUAUUUGCUGGCUUAGUUGGAGGAAGACCAUUGACAAUAUCCUCUCUUGACAAUAAUCCAAUAAGGAAGCGAUCCACUGAAUCUGCUUCUGAUGGGAACCAGGAGGAAAGAUUUGUUGAAGGGAGACAUAAUAUGUCUUUUAAUGACAUUGAAGCAACAAAUAAGCACUCUCCUAGGGAAGGCAACAUCAGUGAUGAGAGUGAAGUGGAAUGGGAGGAUGGAGCUUGUGAAGUUCCCAAAAAUUCAUCACCUCCACGUGUACCGGAAGAAACAGUUUCCAAGGGUUAUUUGGAAGAAGAAGCUGAGUUGCAGGAAGCGAUAAAGAGAAGUCUUAAGGAUUUGGCUUGUGCAGAAGUCAAUAAUACAGUAUGUGAACUUGGCCCACCAAAACACUCCAAAGGAAAUGCAGGUGGUGUUGAAAAGCCAGAUAUGGGUCAAGUAUGUAUGUCACAAAGCAUUGCUUUGCCUCAAAAGCAGAACUCUGAUACAGGUGAGCAGUACUACCAGCGUGGUAAAAUGCCAUUUGGUGAAUCAGUUGCUGCUUUGGAAGCAAAGGAGAACAAUUUGAUUUUGGAACAAUUCUCUUCUGCUCAAGGUAGUGAACUAUUUGCCUCUGGUAGCAAGUGUUUGGGAAAUGAUUCUUAUGCUUCUACUGCUGUGUUUCAUGACAUAUCCGAUUCCAUCAUGGUUGAUGAAAAAGAAAGUGAUAUGGUAUCUGAAACUUCCACUUUUGUUGAUUCUAGGAAAGUUAAUUCUGACGCCGGAACCUCCUCUCAUUUGACUGAGGUGCCUAAGCCUUCUGUGUCUCUCUUGGGACCAGCUGCAAAAGACUCAGAAAUUGCUGUCAUUGUUGAGCAAAAUGUUCCUGCUGAAAAAGAUUGUGAUCAUCAUUUCAAUGAAAGGGAGCAUAACAUUCACAGAUUUUCAUUAUUGGACAAUGAGACCAUGCAUGUUGAUGGCUCGCGGGCCAGUUUGGAGAAGGAAAUGCUGCUUCUAGAUUCUGAACGGGUUAAUUUGGGAAAUGAGCAGAGACAACUUGAGCGUAAUGCGGAAUCAGUCAGCAGCGAGAUGUUUGCAGAAUGCCAGGAAUUGCUGCAAAUGUUUGGCUUGCCCUAUAUCAUAGCACCUAUGGAGGCUGAAGCUCAGUGUGCUUAUUUGGAACUUGCAAAUCUGGUUGACGGUGUUGUGACUGAUGACUCUGAUGUAUUCUUGUUUGGGGCACAAAGUGUUUACAAGAAUAUAUUUGAUGAUCGCAAGUAUGUUGAGACAUAUUUCAUGAAGGACAUUGAGAAGGAGCUUGGUUUAACGAGAGAGAAAUUAAUCCGCAUGGCACUGCUGCUUGGAAGUGACUAUACUGAGGGUAUCAGUGGGAUUGGCAUUGUUAAUGCGAUUGAGGUUAUAAAUGCAUUCCCCGAGGAAGAUGGCCUCCAGAAUUUUCGAGAUUGGAUUGAAUCACCAGAUCCAGCCAUUUUGAGGAAAUAUAAUGCACAAACAGGUUCAAGUGCCAGGAAAAGAGGGUCAAAAGUUGGUGAGGACAGUUCUAACAGCGCUAAUAACAGUAUGGAAGGACUUGGUUCAGUUGAGCAUAAAGCCUCCCAGAAUCAUGAGCAAAAGCUGUGUGUGGAUCACGUUGAAGAGACAAAGCAGAUUUUCAUAGAUAAACAUAGAAAUUUGAGCAAGAAUUGGCAUAUUCCUUCUUCAUUUCCAAAUGAAGCAGUCAUUUCUGCAUAUAAUCUUCCACAAGUGGACAAGUCAACCGAUGCCUUCUCAUGGGGGAAGCUAGAUGUUCUUGUUCUUCGUAAACUGUGCUGGGAGAAGUUUGGGUGGGCAAGCCAGAAGUCUGAUGACUUACUAUUACCUGUUCUGAAGGAGUAUAACAAACAUGAGACCCAACUACGUAUGGAAGCAUUUUACACUUUCAAUGAAAGAUUUGCAAAAAUCCGUAGUAAAAGAAUCACUAAAGCUGUUAAAGGGAUCACUCGGAGCCAAACGUCUAUGAUGACUGAGGAUGCUAAGCAAGAUACUUCUAAACAAAGGAAGAGAAAAAAAGUUGUUGGGGAUGACAAAUCAGAGAAAUGUUCGAAGGGCACAGAGGACCUUGUUGCUGGAAAUGAUAACAGCUCUCUGGAAAAAUCAGUUCCUAAACGAUCCAGGAAAAGGAAGAUUACUGGACAGCCCGUUUUAGCUGAGGGGGAAAUUUUGGAACAAUCAAUAUUCACUGAAGGUAGGGAACGUACCAGUAUAGGAUCGCGUGGAAAUGUAAGAGGGAAAGGCUUCAGAGGAGGAAGUGGAAGGGGAAAGGGAAGAGGAAGAGGAAGAGGAAUUCUGAACGUGGAAUUAUCUGUAUCCAGCUCUGGCGAUGGUAGCAGUGAUGAUGAGCAAGCGGUUCAUGUCAGGCAGUCAGAAGAACCACCGCUAGUGCGAAGGUCUGCACGAUUACGAAACCCUGUGAAUUAUGUAAACAUUGAUGACUUGGACAAGUUAGUUGACAAUGGCGACAAAAGAAGCUUUGACAAAUUUGAUGUGGAACAAGAUUCAUCAUGGUCUCGGGGAAUGUGUGGAAAAGCUACUGAAGAUCUCGGUAUAGAAAAACAAAUGAAAGCCAAAGAUCCUUCACUCGUGGAGGGCUGGUGUGGAGACUCUUUGGAAAGGGAAGGUAGCUUUCAGAUGGUUGAAGGUGAAAUGGGGGGGCUAGGUGAGAGCCAAGAUAACAAUCCUCAUGAAGCCGAAGUUUCUGAAGAUUACCUUAAAAUGGGAGGCGGGUUUUGUAUUGAUGAAAAAGAUGCAGAUAAGGAUUAUGACGUUUGUAGCCCUGCUGCUGCCAGUGACUUUGAGACUGCCGAAUCAUUGCGCAGCUCUGGGUUCGUAGAAGAUGCCAACACUGGUGGCUUGAUUCAGUCGACUUCAAGCAAAAUAGACAGGGUCCAGGACGGGGGAAAGACUAAUGCUUUUGUUGUGGACUUUUCAAAUGCAACAAUUGAUUCUGAAAGUUACAAGGACGGUGCGUCAUUACAGGAAUCUGCUGGAUUUGGCACCAAGACGUCCACUGUGGGUUUAAGUGCCAUGCCUUCUUUGAGAAGGAAGCGCAGGGGGGUUGAUAUUUGAUAUGCCUACAGUGUUUUAUUUUCAUUGUAUAAAUUAUUAGUUGGGAUUUUGGGUUCUUGUAUUUCCACUCUUUCUUCUUGGAAUUUAUGGAAAAUGUUUGUUUGUAUAUAGGCCAAUUUUAUUGAGGGGAUUGACAUAGUUGCAAUUUGCAAUUGGCCUACAUCUUGACAGUUUGGAGGAGAAACUAAUGAUAUAAAAUAAUGUUGAAAUUUGUUUUGA